AUGCCCUCUUUCACUAUUGAGGCGGAGGGCGAAACCAACCCGUUGACCAGGAACGCCGUCAUAUCUACACUCAAAAAUGCCUCACAUCCCACGCCUCAGGGCUUGAAAGUAGCUACGCAACAGAUUGGAAACUGGGAGAAGUCUCCCGGCUAUUAUGCCCUCCUUCAAGAUGUCUAUGCCGAUUUCUCGCUCAGCCAGGAUGUCCGCUUCCAAGCCAUUAUUCAACUCAAGAAUGGCAUCGACAAACACUGGCGCAAAACGUCGGUAAAUCCUAUCAGUAAGGCUGAGAAGGAUCAGAUCAGAUCGAGAUCUAUUGAAACGGGCGUGCGCGAGCCCGUCUCUACCCUUGCACUCCAGAAUGCCCUGAUGCUAGCAAAGAUUGUCCGGUACGAGUUUCCCCAUGAUUGGCCGGAUGUUGUCGACGUCGUUAUACAUCACAUCCGAGCGGCCAGUGAGGAUGUGAGUGCAGACCUCUAUAUCUCGAACAUCUUGACCAUUACCCUGCAAAUAAUCAAGGAGCUGGCAUCGGGACGUCUACAGCGCACCAAGAAGAGCCUUCAAAAUGUGUCAUUGGAGCUUUUGCAGGUCCUCGGCCGCCUCUACGUCGGUUUGGUCGCCCGGUGGCAGUCAACUGCUGAUCAAGCCGACCUUGCUAGCGCAGUGAGCAGUCAUUCAGCGCUGAAAACGCUCCGGCGACUCCUUGUCGUUGGCUUUGAAAAUCCUCAUAGAGAAGAAGCCGUCAAGGAGUUUUGGGAACUCCUGCAGACGCACCAACAGGCAUUUUGGACAGCAUACACUCAAGACCUUCCAGCCGAAUCUCGAACCAUGUUGUUGAAGCAUUUGCUUCAACUGGCGAAGUUGUAUCUCGACAUGGCUCGAAAUCACCCCGCCUCCUUCGUUCUUCUCGGUUGUAUGGAGCUUUUGAACCGCUCUUGGUCAAUGAUCAGCCAGAGCGAGGUCAGGCAGUCAGCCUUGCAGGGCAACUUCGAUUGGAAAGUAUACCGCGGUGGAGAUGAUGUCGAACAGUCACCGAAUGAGAAGCUUUGCUUGAAAGCUCUAUUACUAUUCCGUGCCUGUCUGAAGAUGGUUUUCAACCCGAUGCAAACGUUCAGAUAUGUCACUCCACAGGACAAGAAAGACAGAAAAGACGCUGUCGACUAUGUCAAAAACACAGUGCUCACGCAAGACUUCGUCUUUCGACUGAUGGAGCUUUUAGUGACCCAAUACUUCAUUCUGCGCCCCUCAGACCUCCGAGACUGGGAGCAGGAACCAGACGAGUGGGAACGCCGCGAGGAAGAAAUUGCAGAUGCCUGGGAAUUUUCCAUCCGCUCAUGUUCGGAAAAAUUAUUCCUUGACCUCGUCAUCAACUUCAAAGAGCUGCUAAUUCCGCGAUUGCUCCAAGUGUUCUAUCAAUACGCUACCACUUCAAACACGGAUGUGCUCCUCAAAGACAGCCUCUACUCAGCCAUUGGCAUAGCUGCCGCCUGUCUCGAAGAUGUCCUUGAUUUCAAUACUUUCCUCUGUGGGACUUUGGUGCCAGAAGUCCAGAUGAAUCAACCAAACUACAACCUCCUUCGACGGCGGACAGCAAUAUUAUUAGGCCAAUGGGUCCCAAUCAAACCAGUGACACUCGAUAGAAUCGCGGUGUAUCAAAUAUUCACUCAUUUGAUUUCCAACCGGGAGCCCCUCAAUGACCAUGUUGUGCGCGUGACGGCAGGGCGGCAGUUGCGUCUCGUGUUGGAACCCUUUGAAUUCAGUCACUCCGAUUUCAGGCCCUAUGCCACACCUCUGCUAGAAGGUGUCAUAUCCCUUAUCAGCGAGACAGAACUAUCAGAGACAAAGAUGGCAUUACUCGAGACAGUUAGAGUGGCGGUCACGAGGCUGGAAGGCCACAUAGAACCAUACGCGCAGGGCAUAAUGUCGAUGCUCCCGCCAUUGUGGUCUGAAUCCGGCGAAGAGCACUUGAUGAAACAAGCAAUACUGACUCUGAUCACCGCAAUCGUCAACAGUCUUGGACAGAAGAGCCUGUCGUAUCAUGGGCCCAUUCUACCAUUGAUUCAUGAUUCUGUUCAGCCACAAUCCGAAGCAUCCGUGUAUCUCCUUGAGGAAGCACUCGAACUGUGGGCCGCCAUUGUACAGCAGACUCCAACGGAACACGCCUCUUCGGAUCUAUUAUCACUAUCCCAAUGUCUCCUUCCACUGUUGGACACGGGCAGUGAACUCCUGCGGCAGAUAUUUGAGCUCACAGAAUCGUACACGAUAUUGUCUCCCACUACGGUUCUGUCCCCUCAAUUUCUGACGCCGCUCCUCACAUCAAUGGAAGCUAUCUUACCAGCUCUAUCAACUAGUCGAGCACGGGAUGCGUCAUUGGCACCUCAUGUACUAGAAAACCUCGUUGCCACAAUUUCGAUCGAGUCCUCGGCCAGUGUAAAUCCUCAACAGGCGCUUACACAUCUGUUGGAAUCGAUGCUAAGCACCAACUAUCUGGCAUCCCUCAUGAAGCUCCUGAAGGAAGCGUACGAGUAUCAUCAAGAUCUUCGCCCGAGCCGCAAACCACCAGACAUCAUUGGCCCGGGGGAGACGAGCCUUUUCAGUCUCCUGGCACGCAUAGCCCUUCUGUCGCCAGACCAAUUUAUUCAAGCCGUCAUCGCCACCAACAUUACGUCCACCGUCUCUACAUCAGCGUCAUCGCCGGCUUCCCCUUCACCGCCACACAAAUGGCUUCUGACAGAAUGGCUCCUUCACAUCGACGCCGUAGGUGACAUCUUGCGCAAAAAGCUUCAGGUCCUUGCCCUCACAAACUUACUUGCUUGUACCGUUCCUCCGGAUUUCCCGACGAUCAUGUUCGAAAACCUCGAGACGCUGUUCACCAUUUGGACGGACAUUUGCACCGAACUGGGUCAAGAAGCCGUGGAUGAAUCCGAGGGUGAUUACCUGUUCCAUAAUCGCCAUGGAAAUGGUGGAGAUGUUCCUGAAUGGCCUGACGCAACGCCAGAGGAUGGACGGAAGAGAAUCUUAAGUAACCACGACCCGAUCUAUACCCUCAAUGUGCGCGAAUUCAUCGGUUCGAGGCUAAGGCAGGCCAUUGAGAGCACAGGCGGGUUGGAGAACUUUCAGCACCAUUGGAUAAGUCCGAUUGACGAAACGAUUGUCAAGAGCUUCGCAGAUCUGAAGCUGUUGUGA